CUUCCUUCCUUCAUUCCUUUCCAGCUGAUGUUCUACAUGAAGUCACUCAAGUUUGAAACACAUGAUGGAAAGAAAAUAGAAAUAGAUGAUAAUGGAGAUGUGAAAAGUGGACAUUAUGAUAUUCUAAAUUGGCAAUUAGAUGACAAUGGAGAAAUUUCCUUUGCAACGGUUGGAAAAUAUACUUUCCGAAAUUCUAUGUUUGAGCUCAUUCUCCCAAAGAAUUCUACAAUAUUUUGGAACACUGAAUCAUCAAGGCUUCCCCAUUCAGUCUGUACGGAUGUGUGUCCUCCAGGGACCAGGAAGGGGAUUCGUCAGGGGGAACCAAUAUGCUGCUUUGACUGCAUCCCAUGUGCUGAUGGCUAUGUGUCGGAGACACCAGGCCAAAGGGAAUGUGAUAAAUGUGGUGAAGACUUCUGGUCCAAUGCACAGAAGAACAAAUGUGUGCUGAAGGAAGUGGAAUUCCUUGCUUACGAGGAGGCCCUGGGAUUCACCCUCGUCAUCCUCUCCGUCUUUGGGGCACUUGUGGUCUUGGCAGUGACAGUUGUCUAUGUGAUCUACAGGCACACUCCGCUGGUGAAGGCCAACGACCGCGAGCUGAGCUUUCUCAUUCAGCUGUCUCUUGUCACCACGGUGCUGUCGUCCAUGCUUUUCAUCGGCAAGCCGUGCGACUGGUCCUGCAUGGCCCGCCAGGUCACCCUGGCGCUGGGCUUUUGCCUUUGCCUAUCUUCUAUUCUUGGAAAGACUGUCUCACUGUUCUUUGCCUACAGAAUCUCCGUAUCCAAAACCCGGCUUACAUCCAUGUACCCCAUUUUUCGAAAGCUCAUUGUGCUGAUCUCGGUUCUAAGUGAGACUGGUGUGUGUAUAGCUUACUUGGUGCUGGAGCCCCCAAAGUUAUACAAGAACAUGGAAUCUCAAAAUAUAAAGAUCAUCUUUGAAUGCAAUGAGGGUUCCAUAGAAUUUUUGUGCUCCAUAUUUGGGUUCGACGUCCUUCUGGCCUUUCUGUGUUUUCUUACAACCUUUGUGGCCCGCCAGUUGCCAGAUAAUUACUACGAAGGCAAAUGCAUCACUUUUGGGAUGCUGGUCUUUUUCAUUGUCUGGAUCUCUUUUGUCCCUGCUUACCUGAGCACCAAAGGCAAAUUCAAAGCGGCUGUGGAAAUCUUUGCCAUUUUGGCAUCCAGCUAUGGCUUGUUAGGCUGUAUAUUUGCUCCCAAGUGCUUCAUUAUUUUGCUGAGACCAAAGAGGAACACGGAUGAAACUGUGGGUGGAAGGGUCCCCACUGUGGACAGGAGCAUCCAGCUGACUUCAGCGUCUAUGAGCAGUGAGCUUAACAUCACCACAGUGUCCACUGUUCUGGAUGGGUAG